CAUGGCAGUGUGAGCAAGAUCGACUGGCCUCUGCUGGCUCAGCAGGCCGAGAUCGUUGGUUACCCUGUGCUCAACCUCGUGGAGCAGAUGACGACAUGGGUACCUCCUGAGGCUUCUGGCUACAUCCACUGGGGCGCCACCACACAGGACAUCAUGGACCUUGCUUCAACAUUGCAGAUGAAGGCAGGCCUCGAGAUUGUGGAAAGACUGCUCGUUCAGCUCGAGACCACGCUUCGCAAAAUGUCACACGCCUACAGAGACGUACCCAUGGCUGGACGUACCCAUCUCCAGCACGCCCUACCCAUCACAUUCGGCUACAAGUGCGCAGUAUGGUUGUCCAGUAUCCGUCGUCACGUUUUGCGUAUCCACCAACUACAAGAGUCAAGCUUGAUGGUCCAGUUCGGCGGCGCUGCUGGCACACUAGCCUCGCUAGGCACGACUGACGCCGGCAUUCGUGUACGGAAGCGCCUGGGGGAGGUCCUGGGGCUGACUGAUCCAGUCAUCACAUGGCACGUCGCCCGCGACACAGUGGCAGAGAUCAUCAACUUCCUGGCUCUCGUGGGAGGAAGCCUUGGCAAGAUCGCGCUGGACCUGAUAAUAAUGUCAUCCAACGAGCUGAACGAGGUCGCCGAGCCAUACGUCCCCCAUCGAGGAGCGUCGUCCACAAUGCCGCAGAAGCGCAACCCGAUCUCGAGCGAGGUCAUUCUCGCGCACUCCAAGAUCCUGCGUGCACAAGCUGGCCUCGUGCUCGACGGCAUGGUCUCAGACUUUGAGCGAGCUUCAGGACCGUGGCAUCUGGAAUGGGCUGCGAUUCCUACGGCAUUCAUCUCAGUGGUUGGGUCUCUAUUCCAAGCUGAUUUUGCGCUUGCGGGGCUGGUUGUGAACCAGAGCGCGAUGCGCGAGAACCUCCUAUCUACACGCGGGCUUAUUGUGUCUGAGGCGGUCAUGAUGGCGCUGGCAGUACAUAUUGGUCGUGUUCGGGCUCAUGACGUUGUUUAUGCGGCUUGUACCAAGACGAUUGACACGCCUGGGACACAUCUUUUGGAUAUGCUCAAGGAAUCCGAGGUUGUUACGAGCCAUCUGGGACAAGAGGAGCUUUCGCGCCUGUGUGACCCGGAGCAGUACAUGGGCUGCUGCCAACACAUGGUUGAUGAUAUGCUCAGGUUGUAUCCGGAGACGGCUCCCAACGGCAUCUCAGCGCCGGCGAAGAAGAUGAACAGCGCGCUGAAAAGGGAGACAAAUGGUUACACAAAUGGAGACACGGAUGGGUUGUCCAACGGUUAUACUAACGGCCAGGUCAAUGGCGUCCAUUGAGGCAGUAUCGCCUAAGUGAUAAAUAGUAUCGGCUUGUGUAACUGCGUGGUAAUAACUAAAGUUCUUACACCCCGGCUCAUUUUCGAAAUCUGCCUUUCCAUGGGCCCAGCUUGCAGAUAUGUGGCAUUUGUGAGCUGACUGAAACGUAUGGGG